AAUAAGACAAUUCCUUUUAAGCCCAGUAAUAAAGUGGACCAAAACUAAAACCCCCAAAAUACAACUAUAGUGAAUACUGAAGAAGAAGAAGAAGAAGAAGAAAGAGUAUCCCACCGUGUGGCCUCUAAAUAAGAUUAUAUAUCAGAAGCAAGAUGGAGGAGCAGUCGUUUUUCAGUAACAUGAUGACGAAUCUUCGGUCCACCUGCAAGUAUUAUACUGGAUAUCCAAAGGAUUUUGGUCCAUCCAGGGUUAUCCAUUUCACUUCUGAGCGUGAAUUUGUUCAUCUUUUACAUCAAGGUCACCCGGUCAUCGUUGCAUUCACUAUCAAGAGUAACUACACUAAACAUCUUGACAAAGUAUUGGAGGAAGCUGCUGCUGAGUUUUAUCCUGAAAUCAAAUUUAUGCGUGUUGAAUGUCCAAAAUAUAUUGGAUUUUGUAUGACACGACAAAAGAAGGAUUAUCCAUUUAUAGAAAUGUUUCAUAGCCCAGCACAAGCAAAUAAUCAAGGAAGAGCCGCUGAUCCAAAUGUUACAAAGUACUCUGUUAAAGUUCUACCUUAUAACUAUGAUGUCAGUGCAUACGGGUUUAGAGAGUUCUUUAAACGCCACAACAUAGGGUCGUUCAGCCACAAGUAAAAUGGCGAUCCAAUGAUAUUCUGGGACCUUUGUAAUGCAUAAGUAUACGUUGUUAGAAUGCUUCUUUAAUUCAUUUGGUCAAAAAUCUCCAGAAGUAUGGCGUCUUUGAGUUCUUGCAAAGUCUUUUUCACUCGGGCCACAAAUUUGUUUUGCUUGCAAUAUAGGAUAGAUUAAAACAUGUGUAAUAGUUCGGAUCAAGAAAAUCAAAUAUGAAAGUUCAUUUCACA